AUGAUGUGCAAGGGUAUUGCCCCAAAUGUCAUUACCUAUACAUCCUUGAUUCUUGGAGUUUGCAAAUUAGGCGAGUGGAAAGAAGCUACAAGGUUGUUGAAUGAAAUGGUGAGUAAAAACAUCUUUCCAAAUGUGUGCACGUUCAAUGUCUUGGUAGACACACUUUGUAAGGAGGGGAUGGUUGGGGAAGCAGAAGGCAUGGUCGAAAUGAUGAUUGAAAGGGAUAUUCAACCUGAUACCGUUACAUACAAUUCACUUAUGGAUGGUUACAGUUUGCGAGGAGAAAUGAGCAAGGCUAGAAAAGUUUUUAAACUAAUGCUUAGCAAGGGCUCGAUGGUUAAUGUUGUUAGUUACAACACAUUGAUAAAUGGAUAUUGUAAGCAUAAGAUGACGGAUAAGGCCAUGACACUUCUUCAGGAAAUGUCUCGUAAGGGACUAGUUCCAAAUACUGUUACUUAUAACACUCUUGUGGAUGGUUGUUGCAAAGUGGGGAAAUUAGGUGAUGCACAAAAGUUGUUCUCUGAGGUGCAAGCUUGUGGCCAACUUCCAAAUGUUCAAACUUAUGCUAUUCUACUGGAUGGCCUGUGUAAAAACCGAAAACUUUCUACCGCAAUCCAACUGUUUAAAGAGAUGGAAGGCAAGAAGUUGAUAGGGCUUCAACCAGAUGUAAGGACAUAUACCAUAAUGAUUAAUGGACUCUGUAUUGGGGGCCGAACAAGUGAAGCAGAAAAGCUGCUUACUGAAAUGGAAGAGAAAGGUUGUCCUCCAAAUGAUUGUACGUAUAACAUAAUUAUUCGAGGGUUUAUCAAUAACAAUGAGACAGUAAGGGUGACAGGACUUAUUCAACAAAUGGUGGAGAAGGGUUUCUCAGCAGAUGCAUGGACUACAGAAUUGAUAGUUGAACUAUUGGGUAAAGAUAAAGUAGAUCCUGCAUUGUUGCCAUUGAUGCAAAAAGAGAAUUAUGAACUGAAUUUGCCUCAGUUAAAGUUGAACAGAUCUUCUGACCAUCCCAAUAAACAUUGA